UCGACAUGUAGUGCACGUAUAACAAUUUCAAAUUUCCCUUCUAAAUAACACAUCUAUCGAUAUCACAGAAUACACAGCUAAGUUCAUGCGAUAGCACAAUAAUAUUGUGUUUAUAAACAUAUAUGUAUGCCGAUGAUAUGCAAUGCAAUAUUAAAAAUAACCAGUGAAAGGUUAUAAGGUAUCAAAUUAAUUGUAAGACGUAUAGUCAAUUCAAGGAAGGAACAAUAAACAUUACAAGAACCAUUACAUUAACAUGGCUCUUGCAAAUAUAUCUGGCAUCCCUGAUAAACACUGGCAACCACCAUUCGUAGCAUUUGAAACAACUAUGGGUGAAAUAGUGAUAGAACUUUAUUGGAAACAUGUGCCAAUUACUUGUAGAAACUUUGCUGAACUUACGCGACGUGGUUAUUAUAAUGGAACAAAGUUUCAUAGAGUUAUUCGAGAUUUUAUGAUACAAGGUGGUGAUCCUACUGGAACUGGGAAAGGUGGUGUGUCUAUCUACGGAGAAUGUUUUGAUGAUGAAAUACAUGACGACUUAAAACAUACCGGCGCUGGAGUUGUUUCCAUGGCCAAUUCAGGACCAAAUACUAAUGGAUCACAGUUUUUCAUAACAUUAGCACCUACACAGUGGCUUGAUGGAAAACAUACAAUUUUUGAAUCCAUUCCGGUAUGGCAAUAGUGAAAAGGAUUGGAUUAGUAGAAACUGAUAAGAAUGACAGACCUGUUGAUGAUAUAAAAAUUGUUAAAGGAUCAAUAAGAAACGCGUAAUAAAAUAAACAUGUCCUUGA